UGCGAUGGUUGUUAUCGGAGAGAACAGCCAAUAAUUCAUCCGGCAUGCGACAACAUCCAUCCAGGGUGUAGUUCCAGGCGUUCGGCGAGACCGGCCCUAUAAGCACGCCAUCUUCCAGCCCGUACUGAAAGAUUCCAAAAACAAAACUCACGAGCGGAUGAGAUUGUCCGAACACUGUGCAUACAUAAACGACCCUUGUCCGCUCCGGCAGCACGACUCCACGCGCAUCCCAAUCCCCGUGCUCAGCAUUCCACGACAAACCACCCACCAUGGCGGACUACACCCAUGCCGAUAAGAAGCGUUCACUAUCCAACGACUUCGAGGCUCAAGACUCAGACAGCGACAGCGCGACCUACGCUAUCAACGCUUUGAUAGCUGAAGAUAAUGGCCAUGAUAUUAAGCUUCGUACCAUGUCGUGGCAAAGAGCUGCUUGGUUGCUCGCUGGUGAUCAAAUAUGCCUUGCCAUCAUGGCCCAGUCUUGGUCGCUCUCCGUACUUGGAUGGGUUCCAGGAAUAAUCACCAUGGUCGUGGCUGGUGUGCUCUUCUACAUCACCUCGAUGACGAUGCAUAGAUUCAUCAUGAGGCAUCCUCAGAUUAAAGAUAUCUGCGACUUCGGCUACUACGCUUUUGGCAAGAGCAGAAUCGCAUACGAGUUCACUGCUAUCAUGUUGCUUUUGAACAACAUCAUGCUGAUCGGCUUCCACGUAUUGACUGGCGCCAAAGUUCUCAACACGCUUUCCGACCACUCACUAUGCACCGUGAUCUUCUCGGUCAUCGUCACCUUGAUGGGCAUCGUCAUGUCGCUACCAAGAACGCUCAACCACGUUUCCUUCAUGUCGAUGUUCUCCGCGGCAUGCAUGGCCAUCGCGAUCCUUCUCUUUCUCAUCUUCGCUGGUACCGAGGAUCAUCCACUGUACGGUUACAACGGCGUCUACCCAGCGGCUGGACCUGUCAAGACCUAUGCCUUCCCACUUGAGGGCACUACUUGGGUUGCUGCCAUGAACGCCGUGCUGAACAUCACCUUCCUUUGGGUCCCCCAGAUUCUCUUCCCGACCUUCAUCUCCGAAAUGGAGAAGCCACAGGACUUCCCCAAGGCCCUUGCAGUUUUGACUGGUAUCUCGGCCUUCCUUUUCAUCGUCCCACCCGCGAUUGGUUUCAGGUACCUUGGACAGUACGCGACUGCGCCGGCCUUUGGUAGUCUUGCCAGCACUGUGCACAAGAAAGCGUCCUUCGCCUUCGUUAUUGUUCCGACGGUCAUCAUCGGCGUCAUCUACGCCAACGUUAGCGCGAAGUUCGUGUAUGGACGCAUUAUGGGCAAGAGCCGCCACGCACACAGCAACACCGUCCUUGGAUGGGGUGUCUGGAUUAUCGUCAUGACAUUCAUCUGGUUCAUUGGGUUCAUCUUUGCCGAAGUCAUUCCCUCCAUGGGCGACUUCCUUUCGCUGCUAGGCGCAGCGUUCGAUUCGUUCUUUGGCUUCAUCUUCUUUGCCGUGGCAUACUGGCAGCUCCACAAGACUCACUUGUUCAGCGGCCUUUUCAGGAGCGUCAAGACAGUCACACACAUUUUUGUUAUGAUGUGUGGUCUUUUCCUGCUUGGACCUGGACUAUACGCGGCUGUGAAGGCGAUCAUGGAUGAUUACUCGGGCGGUGUCAACCCCGCUUUUAGCUGCGCCAAUGUGGCCAUUUGAUGUCAUUUUGCGAGAGUACUUGUGAACUUCAGAGUAUAUGAGAUAAUGACAUUGACGUUCUCAUGCUUGCGCCUUAGAUUGCACCACUGGGGCACGUGAACGAUGCGUCGAUAGCUAACACAGAUACGCGGUGAUAUUUGAUCGUGCUGGUGCACAUUACGAAGGUAACAACAGAAUGAUGUGAUCAAAAUCCAC